AUGACAUUUCAACACUCCGGGAUGAUAAGAACGCAAAUACAAAUAAAAGAAGAAACAGAAUGUGAGUGUUUGUUUAUUGAAUGCUCGGAUGUGGACCAAGAACGCACUCUUUUGGGCGCUAUCACGGCCCCAAAAACACUCGAUGGAUGGACAGAUUGUAUACAGAGACGGUUUUGGAUAUAUUUCGUAUCUGUUAAAGGACUCACCAUUGAAGGACCUGGCCAAAUUGAUGGGCAGGGCUUGGCCUGGUGGGGAAUAAAGGAGAAAACUGAAACUUGUGAUCGUCCAACAGAGAAUGCUUUACAUUUUAUCGGGUGCCCGGGUCUUCGUCUGAAAGACACAACACAUAUUAACAGCCCAUCUCUUCAUAUUAGUAUUAAGGAAUGCCAAGAUGCUGAUAUCGGAAAUCUUCAAAUCAUAGCACCCGAAAACAGCCCCAAUACUGAUGGGAUUGACAUCAGUGCUUCCUCACAUGUUAAUAUCCAUGACUCUAGUAUUCAAACUGGUGACGAUUGUGUGGCUAUCAAUGGUGGCGUUGUUGAUAUUAAUGUGACAAAUGUGUUCUGUGGACCUGGUCAUGGCAUAAGCAUCGGAAGCCUUGGGGAAAAUGGGGGUCAUGACACCGUUGAACAAGUACUAGUACAAAACUGUAACAUCACAGGAACGAAAAAUGGAUUACGAAUCAAGACAGUACCGAAUGGGACCGGGUAUGCUAAGGGGAUCCGAUUUCAGGACAUUAAUCUUGUUAAUGUCAAAAAUCCAAUCAUAAUUGAUCAACAUUACUGCCCCCAUUCUGAAAAUGUUGUUUGCCCACUACAGCCAUCGGAAUUAGAAGCAGUACAAGUGAGCGACGUGACAUAUACGAAUAUAUACGGAUCUUCAGCAUCAAAGCUUGGGAUUAUUUUCAAUUGCAGUGAGAUACACAAAUGCACUAAUAUCGUGACAAACAACAUACAUAUUACUGGAGGUGAAGAUCUUGCUUACUGCAAAAACACUCAAGGAGAAUUUGUUGAUACCACUCCAAAUAUCAGCUGUGAUUAG